UCAUUGCCAUCGUACUUCCGACACCGGACAGAGUCAACUGGAAUGACAGCGGGAAGUGACCCUCAGAUUUCAAAACAACAAACUCGACUAAAUACGUUGUCGAGAAAGGACGUCAACACCAUGGGCUCCCACAAUCAAGAAAGAGAAUAUCGAAGAUACCAUUCGCACUGUAUCACUUUACAUCGAAAGACGGACUAAGAACUCACACACCAACACUCAGUCACUUCAAUGAAACCAGCUGCAAUUCUGAUGUUUGGAUGUUUCAUCUACCUCACCUCAAACAAUUAUUUGGCAAGAGACCCUUGACAUCCCAAUCCCCCAUCCUCUUCACAGGACAAAUUUCCACACAGCAACGCCGCCUACGGAAGGCUCACGGCCGUUCCAAGAGGGACCUGAACCCAUCACACCCUGGAACCGCGCCCACACAAAACCAAGCGGCGAACGAGCUUCUCCGAAUCAUCAUCAAACGAAUAUGGGUAUUCCACACCUCAGGAAACACUUGGAACCUUAUGCGCAGCGAGGCGCAAUCCAACCAAGCAGUCUGGUCAUUGACGGGCCUGCACUUGCAUAUCACAUCUUGAACCUCUGCCGAAUAAACACCAUCAAGAGCAGCCCCUUUGAGCAAGCAACAUAUGAGCUGCUAAGUCGGACUACCCUUGAAUGGCUUGACCGGGCCAGAACGUGCGGCCUCACCAUUUCGCGGAUAUUCUUCGAUGGCUAUCUUCCCACGUCCAAGACGCAUGAGCGGACCAAGAGGCUCAUGAAAACCUCCAAGGAGUUGCAGGGCUUUCACAGAAAACACGUAAACGGACUCACGCAGGGCCGCCCCGGCUGGAAUUCCAACAGGAAAGUCGGCCUGUUCCCCGAGGCCCAACCAAGUCAAAACGGAGUGAGCCCACCGCCACCGGCCUUCUUCGUUCCGUCCAUCAUCGAUACUCUGAGACAGUCUGAGCAUUACGCCUCACAAACAAGUGUGGUGCCCGGAGAGGCCGACGUGUUCUGCGCCCAGUAUGUCCGGGAGCAUGGCGGAACAGUUCUGACGUCCGAUUCGGACCUGCUCGUACACAAUUUGGGCCCCAACGGCAGCGUUGUCUUCUUCUCGGAUAUGGAAUGCAAUGUGGCCGGCACAGAGAUUACGGGCUUGCAAUUUAAGAGUGCCGAUAUCUGUGAGCGUCUCUCUCUCCAGCCUGAGGAUGGCCUUUCGUGUCUGGCAUUCGAGCUUGUGAUAGACCCACACAUCACUUUUGAGCAAGCAGUCUCGAAAGCCAAGAGCAAGCACUCGGUCGUCGCGUAUCCCGGCGCGCACAAGGAGUUUAUCGAGCAAUAUCUCUCCCCUGAAACGGGGUCUCAGAUCCCGGUCGAAGCAUCCGUCACAUUGGACCCCCGGAUAUCAGAAAUCGUUCUUCGGUGUCGGGACGAGAAACCGGCAAUGUACCUCCCUUUUCUCUUGGACUCUCCAACUCGAACUAGUGCGUGGGAAUCGAGCAAAGACAUCAGGCAGCUGGCAUACGCUAUCCUGCAGACCGUCACUGGAUCACCAAUACCGACGGUUGCCGAAUUCAGGAGGCUUGAUCAGCCGUCAGCCGGGACACCUGUGAAGGUGCCGCCUAUUUCCGAGGUUGAGAUGGACGCAGCUGUGCUUGAGGAUGUUUUGUCAUCAAUCAUCAAAGCCGUGAAAAAGCCCAAGGCAGUUUGGAUGACACUAUCAGUCUACCAAGACGUUGUCAUGACCACCAGCCAAGGGAAGGUCCAGCCACUCAGUCUAAAGGUACUCCAGCAAGCAGUUGACGAGAAGCUCGACACCACGUCUUGGGAAUCUGUACACUUCCUUGCGCAGUGCCAAGCGACCUACUACUCGCUCAGGAUGCUGCAACAAAUCAUGCAGCACGCAGCUUCUCAGGGCAAGGGCCUAUCGCCCGCCUUGAAGGAAUUGCAAGAUUGUUUGACCAAGCUUCCUUCUCUCCCGGAUUUCCCCACCAUCUUCAACUUCCCAGAGAUGCUCCGACUGAUCAUCGACAACAAGGGACUGUCCUGCUUGACCAAGAUAUGCGCCGACCAGGAUGAUAUGGUGCCGCAGCUGGAGGCCAUCAUGCAACCCAAGAAGCAACCAAAGUCGAACAAGCGGAAGAACUCGCAAGAACCUGAGGCAAGGCCGCGCUCCAACAACCCAUUUGCGCUCUUGGAUGCAGAGUGCUAAUCAGUCCUCAAAACACUUCAACAUAGCCCAACGAUAGGUAUACCCAUGCCAAAGAAUCUUGAUGGAGACUAACCGCAACCUACCUAUCUCCCGCGCCAGCUAGACGCUGCUUGAAGUUUGCCAUUUACCGGUUGAGAGUCACUCCUAAUGUUAUUCUUUACCCAUCCCUCGAGUGACGGGUGACCUUCCAGAAGCUUUGCCCAUCCGAGAUAUG